UAUUCAAUCUAUGUAGAAUAUAUUAUAGGUAUUAAUUGUUUUAAUAGUGUUUAUAAAAAUAAUCUAAAUGUGGCUAAUUAACUUUUUUACUAAAACAAAAGACAAUGAACGUGAGUACAAUAUUAACAAAGAUAAAGUUAACGAGGAAUCAAUCAAUAUUUCAUCAAAACAUGAAGAGAAACCAGUUAUUAAUGAUUUGAAAAAUAGAGUUGAAAAAGUAAAAAAGAUACACACAAAAUUACAAGAAUUACAAAAUAAACAAGACAUAAAUUUAAACAAUAACACCGCAAAUACCCUACGUGACAAAGACAAACAAUGUGCGUCUACGAAUAAAAAUGAAAAUAAUUUAGAAAUAAAUAAUUAUAAAAUAGAGGAUAUCCUAAGGAUUAUACCAGUUAUAGAAAAUAAUCUACAAUCACUUACAGAGAAAGUAAUUUGUUUAUCUAGCUUAUUUGGUGCAAAUCAGCUCAAUACUAAAACAGUAACUGAACAAAAUAUUAUUGCAAAUAAUUUUAAUGUAAAUACUGCUUCAAACUCUGUAAAUAAAUUGAACGAUGUGGUGGAUAAGACAAUACAAACAAAUAAAGGAUCUUCGCCAGGUUUAGUUACUAAAGUAAAUAAAAAAAUGCGUACAAACAAACGAAGUGUUUUCAGAAAAAAAAAAUAUUCUUAUCAAAAGGUUAAAAUUCGAAGAUUUCCUACUGAAAUAAUUAAUAAAGAUGAUCAAAAAGAUCAAGUUAUGAAUGAAGAAAAUGUACCCGGUCACGGUGUUAAGUCUAUUGACCAUUUGGCCAAUUUAGAUGGGAAAUUCGAAUCUUUUUUUAUAAAAAUACAGUCAGCUUUGACUCAAUGUAAAAUUGAUCAAGUAAAAGAAAAAUCGGAAAUUAUGUUUAAUCUGUCCAGACUGGACGAUAAAAUUAACACGAACUAUACGAAACUGGAUAAAUUAAUAUCCAAUAUCGAACAGUUAUGUGAAAUAAACGAUCCUGUCAAUCACGAAUUGUUGAAAAACAAUCAAAUUUUGAAAUAAAAAAUAAACAUGAACUGAAAAAAAGUAUAGAAGAUGUUAAAAUAUGUAUUGAUUAUUUAAUAAAACCAAAACCUAUUGAUAUAUUACAAACUCAACAGCCUGUUACUACUGAUACUCCAAUUACAAACACUAAUAUUAAUGGCACGUGUACCUCAAAUCGGUGUGUUUGCAAAUUAAUAGACAAUACUAAUACUGCUAGUACACAGAUUAUAAAUUCACACGAUGCCAAAAAACAAAUAAAGUACGGUGAUAUCAUUUUAUGCGAGUUUUUAAAAGCAAAGCAAACUUUGGAAAGGAUAAAAAGAGACGAGCAUCAACAAAUAGCACAGGUAAAUCAGUUUUCAAAUCACAUCGACGUCAAUAAAAACAGCUAUUCAUCAUUGUGUUCAAAACAAUUGAAUCUUUUUUCAAAUAUUUGUGAUGGAAAUCAAUUGGACAUCCAAAAAUCUAGUCAGUUAUUAGUAUGUUCAAAAAAAUCAAAACAUUUAAAAAAUAAUGUUGGACAGGAAAACCCAAAAAUUAACCAUUUAACCGUAUGUCCUAAGAAAUCUGUACAUCAUUUUUUUAAAUUUGGUAUUGAAAAUCAAACUACAUCAAACCAACAGAAUACAAAGAAAUCAGUUCGUGAAAAAAACAAAAUCUGUGAUUUUCUUUCGUCUCAGCCAAUUCCAGAAUGGAUAAGACUCGAUGAGAAUCUCGUUAAAUCGGAUAAUGUAUGCUGCAAGGCUGCUGCUAAAUCAUCACCGUCAAAUUGCACUUUAAAUGUUAGUAAGUCUUAUAAUAUUGAACGAAUAAUAAACGACAGCCAUGACAAAAAUGAUAUAGUUUACGAAAUUACACAGAAACCCGAUGUUCCAAAAUAAAAUAAAAACAACUGUAAUUUCAAAGAACGUAAUUUGGCACCAAACACCUAAUAGUCUAAACUUAAAAAUGAACCUUGGAACAUGAAAAAAACUUAAUUAAUUUACAGACACUAAGAAAAAUUAUUAAGAAAAAUGAGCUUGUUCCUAAAAUCAACGGUUCCCAACCUUUUUCGUUAUGUGGACCACCAAUUAUGUUAAGCAAACUUUAAGGCCACUUACCAAAAAUACUGGUAUAAAAUAUAAACACACAAACAAGAUAAUGGAAAAAUAGACAUGUAAAAUCAUAUCUCGAUGUUAAUGCCAAUUAAAAUUUGAAAGUGGGCUCCGGCCCGUGGGUUGGGAACCACUGGGAUAAAUAAUUUGUAUAUAGUAUAUGUAUACUCUAUUCCAAAUAAGUUUGGAUAAACUCGCAUGGCCGACUGAACGGUCGUAGCGCUGCGAUUGGUUGCAGUAAUCCGCAUGUAUCGUAGAUAAUACAUGUACUAUAUACCACUAUGGUUACAGAAUAUUGUUAUUAACCGAGAACGCUAGUAUGUAUAUAUUUAUUUGUCUAUACUUAACCCUAUCAAUGAAAAUGUGGAACACGUGUGAUUUCCGGUCGUUGUUGAUUCCCUUUGCAGUAGGGGCAACCACACUAGUCUACAUA